CAAAUAUGAAAACGUGGAACCUCAGGAUCUGUUUGAUCAACUUACGCCAUUUGCUCUCGCUGCAAAUUUAGAAAGGGAUGUGUUUGAAGAACUGCUGAAGUCGUGGACUGAAGACCCAGGCUAUCCAGUAGUUACAGUGUCACGCGACUACGGGACGAACUCAGCGUCAAUUUCUCAGAAAAGAUUUCUCUUUAAAGGUACUUCAGAGGAACAAUACAUCGUACCUUUAACUUGGACGGCACAAGGAGGUUCUUUCGAUGUGGCAACACCAAGUUUAUAUUUGGGAAAAGAUACAGUUACUAAUAUAGUGAAUAUGCCAGAAGCCGAGAAAUGGGUAAUAUUCAAUGUUCAGGAAAC